ACGCACAAAACCGAUUGAUGUAGUUGCCAGCGCAAACGGGUCGCCCAAGAUGUUGCCCAUCUGGAAGCCUCGUCGUCGGUAGAUAUUUGAGUGCUCCAUUUUGAGUAUUGACGGCGAGUUGACCGAGUAGGGGGGCAUAAGAGAGUUGGCCAGCUUGUCGGUUUGGGGACGAGUGGCCGAUGCGACAGUCCACGCCGUGGUUGUGUGCGUCUAAGGGAAGGAGUGUCGUCGAGAAGCCAGUUCGAGUGUCGAUCAGACGGAAGAUGAAAAGCGACGUGAUUGUGUCGGAAGUCCACGUAGUUGUUGUCCGGCACAGCCGAAGGGAUAACGAGCGAAGGGGAAAAAAAAUAAACAAAAAAAGAAAGAAAGGCGAUCGGGGCGCAGCAGGCUCUUCUCUGGUGAGUCUCGCUGAGGCCGUCGAGAGAGGAUCGAAAGAGAGUAGGAAAAGAGAGAGGAAAAGGAAGAAAUCAGCCGGAUAUCAGGCGAGUAGGCGACAGAUGGAGAAAUGGAUUGGAAGAUGCGGCCGCGGCGUUGCUGGUGGAGUUGGUGCGACGGGGUGGGCAGAAAAAUACAGGACGGCUGGUGGAGGGAUCGCAGGCGUCAGUGCAGAUCGCCGGCAGGACAAGUCUCGGGCGAGGAUGCAGGGAAGCAAGCGAAGCCGCAGGGCGAGAAGGAGAAAAGAAGAGAAGAGAAGAGAAGAAAAGGGCAAUCAAGAGAAGAGCUGGUGCAGAUGCGAGGUUUGCGACGAUGCAGCGAGCGGAUCUGAGCUGGCGCUGGCUGGCUGUUGACUUGAACACGGCGCAGUCGCGUGGGAACGAGGAGAGGAGAGGAGCAGGGCGAGAUCAAUGCCAGCGGCAGGCGGAGUCGCUGGCGCUGCGGAGGAUUGCAGUACCAGCCGCAGCGCUCGUU